CCGACGGCAGCACCGGGGCCCCGCCGGGCCCUCCCUGCUCCCCUCGCCGGCUCCCGCAAAGGCUCCCGUACCCCCUGCCCCUCAUCCCUCACGGCCCCCACGGUCCCGCCGUGCCGGGGAUCCCCGCGCUCCUCCCCGAGGGGCGGCGGUGCCGCGGGGGCGGGCCGGGCUCCUCCGGGAGGAACGGGCAGCGGCAGCGCGCUGAGCCCGGAGCGGCCAUGCAGCUCCUGCCGCUGCUCGCCUGGGCGCUGCUCCCAGGCUGCGGGGCAGUGACGGGGCCCGGCACCGUGCGGGGAUUCCUGGGAGGGUCCCUGUCCGUCACCUGCAAGUACCGGCCGGGCCAGGAGAGGCUGCCGAAAUUCUGGUGCACACGAGGUAGGUUUUUUACCUGCGGUAAGGACUUAGUCACCACCUCGGAGCCGAAGCGCGACGCGCCGCGGAGCCGGUUCUCCAUCCGGGACAACCGCACGCACCAGGAGUUCACGGUGACCGUGGAUGCUCUGACCGAGCAGGACGGGGGGACCUUCCGCUGUGGGGUGAGAACGGGACGUUUGGAGUAUGAUGACAGUGCUGAUGUGGAGGUGAUCGUGGUCUCAGGAUGCACACAGACAGUUUCCCAUGGGGAAAUUGUGCAAUCAACAUCAAAUCCCUCCACCCCUCAACCCUUGAGCGUGGUUGAGCACAUCCUCACUCCAGCUGUCAUUGUAGUUCUUUUUCUGCUUGCACUGGCUGCUGGUGUUCUGGUAAUGCUCUCCAGGAAGAAAAAGGCCGUGCUUCAUCCAGCCCGUUCUGGAGCAGCCAUAGAGAUGGACAGGACUCGCAGCAUGUCACCUACAGGAGCAGAAGCCUUGAUCUAUGUGGACAUUAACCACUACACUGGCGUGGCUGGGAGCCAGUACAGCAACGCUGAAGCUUUCCACCACCUGGAAACGCCCCUGACGGAGUACACAGGGAUCAGGCAGAGUGCUCAGCCUUUGCAAGAGGAAAGGGAGGCGUUUUAUGCCAGAGUGCAGAAGCCCAUGCGGCACCAGGAGCAGAUCUACGCCAAUGUGCCAUCAGCUCCACGGCCCAGUGAAGAGCUCUACAGCACCGUGUGAGGGAGAGGAGCAAGCACCUGCCCCAUGGGCUGCUCCUGCUGCUGGCAGCACCAGCAAGACUUGCACAGAGGACAUGGGGUUGAUGUUCUGCUCAGGCAGGAGCCAGCUCAACAGCAGAGCUGUUGCUUUCCAAGGCUUGGAUGUUUCUUUGAAGCAACAUCAGAGAGGAUGAGGUUGUGUGGAGGCACAGAGAGGGUUGAAGAUAAAGUCAUCUC